GAAGGUGUUACUCUGACAUCCGGUCUAUGUACUAAUGUAUUCUUUGAUUUUGUUGUAUCUGUGUGUUGUUUGAGCUAAAACUGGUCAUACAGAGGCUGAUAUUGGUGUUCCACCUGACCACUCUUGGCAAUGUUUUGAAAGGCAGAAAAAGUCCUACUGAGCAAGGUCCCUGUGUCAACCUGACUGUCCCUUUUCAACAUGUCAAUUAGAAUUUCUAAUGCUAAGAGACUGCUGAAGCUCAAAUAUGACAGCCCCCUUAUAGAGGAACAUUGGAGAUCAGAAGGGUAAUGUAAAAGCAUCUGUAGAUACUUUUAUGACAAAAUUAAAGAUAACAUACAAAGACAAUAUUAUGAUAGAUGUAAAAAAGGUUUUAUUUCUGGUGUCAUUAUCUCUUUAAGUGUUAGGAGGGUCUCUCAGAGUAGGGCAGAACAGGAGAGGUUACCAGUCUGUGUUAGGGACUGAGGGUGGUGUCACUAGAAGGAGCAGAGGGAGACCUGACCAGGUGAUUGAGACUGUUGAGAUCUAAAGUGAUUGAGGUGUUGCCAGGCCUGAAGCUGGUGAAUUUGUUUCCCUGUAGGAGAGAGUGAACAGGGUUUAGUGAGAAGCCUGAAUAUUCCAGAGUGUGGAAGCCAACCUGUAUAGCGACAACCCCAGUGUAGGGAAAAGUCUUGAAUGUGUGAUGUUAAAAUGCUAUUGAACUAUGUUCCAGUGACUUUAUGUUGGGUAAAGUUUGACUGAAUAAACCUGUGUUUUUGCCUGAAGACGCUGUGUCCCUUUCUUUAUGCUCCUAAUUCUCUAAUUCUCUGAUCACCUACUUACCGUAGCUAAUUUCUCUCCAAAAUUACAUUUACAGGCAGCCAGCUUGUCACACCCUAUAGUAUACACCCCCCCCCAUACAAAAUACUAUGAAAAAACAAAAGCAGCUGGAAUCGACAUGACUUGUCUUAUUUGUAACUGAGCUCCGUUCUGGCACUUUCACUUUCAUUCUUACUCGGCUAUUGCUUCUCAAACACAGGAUCCGUCUCAAAGAGCUGAGCUUCCUGCCAUGUAACGUGAGAUUCCCUGCUGCUUCCUGAUACAAACAUUUCCAAAGAGUUUCUUGGUGGUUUAAAGGAGAAGGAAAGCUUACUCCAUAUUCUUUGCAGGAAUAAAAGUUCACUUUAUAAUGUGCUGAAUCGAUAAGAGUGUGGAGGACAAGACAUUGGAGCACCUUACAUCUUGGCCUGGAACUUCUCCACAAAAUAAAUAUGUCCAGAGAAGGGACUGUUGGAAUAUUCUCCAGAGACACAAGGGAAUCGUACAAAUGGAUAUCAGACUUCCUCAUAGGUCUGUCCUUUGUCAAAGAUACCAAGUGUUUUUACAUCACCAACAAGAGGAGCGUUAAAGAAGACGUCAAAAAGUGCAAGUUUGCCAUUCUGUACCAUACCAAAAACAGAGGGAGGACCAAUGUCACAGAUGUAUUGGAUUCUCUGUAUCACGAGGAGCUGAACGAUUUAUUCUCUGCACUUGGAAAAUCCAAUGUUAUUGUCAUAAUUGACGAUUUGGAGGACAGCAGUGAUCAAGAGAAGGAAAGAAUACAGUUGGAACAAAGGAGUAUUAAAGAAAAGGCAACAGGUCUGUUCCUAUUCAAUAUAAAAGACAAAUUCACAGAUUCUAACAUGGAGAGGAAUCUGCAGGAAAUUGAGUAUCUCAUCAGAAGAAGUUUCCAGCUAAUAGGUUUUCAAACUGGAACACUGGCAAUGGGUCACUGUUUAAAAUGCAUGACAGUUCCUGGAUUACUUGUCAUAGUCUACGUAUCUGUCUGUCUGUAUUACAACCAUAACCUGAUACCUUGGUAGCAGAUCUUCUGAGGUAUCUGAUAGCUGAUUGGGUUGGUCUGUAAUAUAAGCUGAUGCUACAGGUUUGCUGAUUAUUAAAGUGUGCUGCCAUGUAGUAAUUAUCUGUA